AUGUACGAACUCGCCCCCCACGACUCCUUCCUCCCCGACCGGUCCACCCCCUUCCCGGCCGCCGAUUCCAUCAUCUACAACCCGCCCGCCUCCGAGGCAUCCCCCGCGCACACGCCCUUCAUCUUCCUGCCGCGGAGCGACCCCCGCCGUGCGGCCCUCGUGCGCCUCCGCAACAGCCCAGACGCCGCCGCCUCCGCGCUGGCACCGACGCCCGUCGAGGACGGGGACCUGCCGCCCGCCAUGCGCUACCCCAGGAGGCAACCCCGAUACAACCUCAAGAAGGAGGACAUCGCCGAGAUUAAGCGCCUCAGGGAAGAGGAUCCCAUCAAGUGGAGCGUGGGGCAGCUCUCGAAGAAGUUUGACUGCUCGCCUAUAUUCGUCAGGAUGGUGGCCCCGGCCCCUGCGGAGCAUCUCGACUACCUCAAGGCCAAGUUGGAACGGAAGAUGACUCGCUGGGGCCCCAAGAAGACCCAGGCCAGGGAAGACCGCAGGAGAAGGGCCGAGAUGGUGUAUCGAGGCGAAUUAUAA